UCUCGCUUAUUAUUGAAGAAAUUGUAGACAGCAAUGUUUCAUUAACUUAGUAAAGAAACCCCUGCUGCGUAUAAAUGUUGGGCAUGUAAUUGGAGAAUGAGUCACACAUUCGGCAUUGCUAUAAUCGUACUUAUUGUUACAAUUGUCGGAUACCAUACUAUAAUCUGUACACAAACCCACAACUCAAUAGACUAUGAUAGAAGAGCGAAAUAUUCAUUUGACAACCCAUUUACACCGUCAACUCGAAAGCCCUCUUAUGAUGAUACCACUGAGAAACUUAAAAAUGGGAGAACCCCUAAACCACUAAUGGCAUGGAGUAAGAAGGAUAUACAAACCAAUAGAAAUGAAAAUAUCAAAAUACCUAAUGGACAGACCUGUAAACUCUACAAAUUGCAAAAUAUCAAAAUAUUUAAUGGACAGCCCUGUAAAUUCUACGAAUUGGUGUUUAAAUCAGAUCAAUUGAAACCCGACUAUGCUGCCAAACUAUUAGCAAACUGUUUAUUCGCUUCCGCUUUGUAAUCCGCUAUAUUGUAAUGUGUUGCCUGAAAGUAAAGAAGAGUCAAAUUUAGAAGAAUGAUUCUACAAUGGUACUACAUUAUGACCACUUACAUUGAGAGCAUCGCGAAAUUCAAUUUCAGUCAAACGUCGAAGACCUCGGAAAUUACGACCCAGGAUGCGUCCAAAGUCAUAUCGAGAUAUUGAAAAUCGUUCCGUUGUAGAUUUGACUUCAGAACUGUCGGUGGUAUCUUCACUGCUGGAUUUCUGGUAAAAAAAAACGAAAUAAAUGUUUAUUAAUAAGAUCACUUCAUGAAAUAUUUUAUUAGAAGUCAAUAGUGAUCACUUCAUGAAAUAUUUUAUCAGAAGU